CAUCUUCCCUUUGAGAAGCAGUUGGGAGAGAGCGCGCGCGCACGCCUCGGAGCUCAACAGCUGCACAGUGAGGACGAGUUAUGGCUCAAACAAAUUGAGAUAGGUGAGCUGUGCACCACCAGCACCAGCACCACCAGCACUACCAGCAGCUCCACCUCCAUCAACGCGUUCGCUGUCGUGAAUAUAAAAGAAGAAGAAGAACAAGAAGAACAAGAAGAAGAAGAAGUGACUCCCAGAACAGAAACCCUUGAGUCCAGGUCGCUCGUAGUAUCCCCCCUUCCUCCUCCUCCUCCACCACCACCUCCUCCUCCUCCUCCUCGGUGUGUGUCAUUAUUAAUCCGGAAACUCUCAGUUGGUAGGUAUUGUUCGGUUGGUAGUCAUCUGAACACUGAGCAGCGGAGGACAAUGCCGACUCACUCGUUGCUGCCGUGUGUGGAGAGCCCAGAUGGACUUGCCCAAGAUAUUCUUAUUAGUAACAAUGCUAGCAUCCCCGGGCCUGUCUCUAGCAAGACACCACACACCACCUACUCAGAAAAGGCUGUGUUGCAACCCGGAGGAAGCGUACCAUUAUCUUGUAUGUUCUGUGAUCAGACCUUCAUGCAUCAGGAUGAGCUGGGACCCCAUGUAUUAACACAGCAUCCUACCACUUUCUUUGAACCGGCUGUGCUUCGAGUUGAAGCAGAAUUCAGGAUCCCAGGAGAGAGACCUCGGCCCAAACCAAGCAGCCUCCCUGUGGAAAAAGAGGAGGUUCACAGCUGUAUUGUGUGUGGUCAGGUUUCACAAGAUGCUAGUGAGCUAGAGACCCACAUGAGAAAACACAAGGACUACUUUACUUACUGCUGCAAUGUGUGUGGACGGCGGUUCAGAGAGCCCUGGUUCCUUAAGAAUCACAUGAAGAUGCACGUUAAACCGGGACCAAAAAGCAAGGCCCAGCAAGACCUGGAGACCCCCGCCACUGUCAACGGCGUCGUCCAAGACACUAAUCCAGAACCUGUAGUCACACUUUACAAAAUGUGCAUGGUUUGUGGCUUUUUCUUUCCAGACCACGACAGUUUGGUGGAACAUAGUAAAGUACAUAAUCGAGAGGUGGAGCCUGGCAAAGAUAAAGACAAGGAGAACAUGGAUGGCAGUACUGAAUCCCUUGCCAAUCAGGAAACAUUUCUUCAUGGUCUAAAACUUCAGCCUCGCUCUACAGAAAAUAGUUUGCAACCUGAGAGAUCAUCAAAAUGGAUUCCCCAGCUGGAUCCCUUUAACACAUAUCAGGCCUGGCAACUUGCUACAAAGGGCAAGAUAGCAGUCGGUCCAAAUACUACUAAAGAUAUCGGUCAGGAAGCCAGCACAGACAAUGAGGAAUGUGGCUCUGAUAAGGAGGAGUUGAGUAAUAUUUGGUCUGAAGGACAAGGAGACAAAGCUACAAAAGAGGUCCUUGGGCGGGAGCUCCGGUCUCAGCAGCACACUGUGAUGGAAAACCCGGCACCACAGCGGAGGUCUCUAAUGCAGAAAGAUAAGGACAAAGAAAGGCCGACCACUUGUGAGGAAUGUCAGAGAACCUUCAGGACCUAUCACCAGUUGGUUCUUCACUCCAGGGUCCACAAACGCGAGAGAGGUGGAGGAGAGAGUCCAACCUCUGUUGAUGGGAAGCUGUCUAGAGCAGGUUCAUUUGAGCAUGCAGAAGAAGGGUUGGAGGAGGGCUUUGACGAAGCAGCAUUAGCAGAAAACCUUGGUGCAGGUGAAGAUGGUUUUGAUCGAUCAAAGGUCAGGUCAAAAGAAUGCAGUUACUGCGGCAAAUCAUUCCGAUCAAGCUAUUACCUCACAGUUCAUCUGAGGACCCACACAGGUGAAAAACCGUUUAAGUGUGCCUACUGUGACUACGCUGCAGCUCAGAAGACUUCACUGAAAUAUCACCUGGAUCGGCGUCACAAGGACAAACCUUAUGUAGACAUUCCCAGCAGACCCGUGCCUUUAAUGCCCUCGCCUACUGAUAGAAAACAUGGACGUGACAGUGAAAGUCCUGCUCCAAAUAGACCCACACUUUGGGCUUCUGGAGCAAGAUCGUGCAGCAGUGGAACACCAGAGGACAGAUUUGAUAUCAUAGGGAGCAAGCUUAGCAAACCACUCGUCCAGGUGAAUGCUGAGUGUGAGAAAUUAAUUGCCAAGUCUGCUUACUCCCCGAUUGAUGAUGUCGUAAAGUGCCCCGUACCUGUUAAUCUGAAGAUUGAAAAGGAGGAGAUAAAAAGCGAGAACUGUGAGGCCCCAUUAAAUCUGUCCCUAAAAGUGUCUAUCUCCAUCUCUGCCGGUGCAGAACCCAGACAUGCUUUAAUUCCAAUUGCCUGUUCGUUUUGUGCAUAUAAAACCAUGUACCCAGAGGUUCUGAUGAUGCACAAAAAGCUGACCCAUAAAGACAAGUCAGACAGUACGAAAAAGAAUGGAAGCAUUUUGAAACAGAAACGUUUCACAGGUUGUCCCCCCGCGCUUGAUGGGAAAGAUGUCGCCCCACUUCCGAUGUUUGACCGUCGCCACCCUCGUCGGACCAAGUCCCCGCCUCGUCAACCAGCAAAACCACAAGAAAAGACUACUGUUAACCCACCCCCUGCUCCUAAACGGUCCCCUGUCCAGGCACCCCAACAUGAUGGCGUCCAGGAGACCCAGCGAGAGAGACCUCAGAGACCUAAUGUUGAUCCACUUCCCAGUCAGGAAUUCUCCAGGUAUACAGAGCUCCUGAGGAAAUCCAACACAGGAAGCAAGUACGUCUUGGACCGUCCAGGCCCCCCAGACAGAGUGGGCAUUGGUGAGAGGAGUUACCCAGCCAGAAGUGGCGUCAUUUGGCACUCAGACGCUGCCAGGUUGUGCCUGUCGAGCCGAUUUGGGAGCCUCCCCCAGAUGGAUUUUGGUGAACCUUCCAGCAAGAGACUAAAGUAUUCGGCACCUCCAGGCAGGGAAGCUGACACCAGUGAGAAGCCUGGCUUUAGAGGAGCACCAGGUGAUGGAUCCAGCAGGCUGCUUAUCUCAGGGAGAAGUGUUAAGACCACAUCACAGGGGUCGGGUCCGUCCGCAGUGUCUGAGAACUUGGGACCUUUGAAGACUACAUCUACAGCUAUCGGAGGAAGUUUGGACACUGAGUGGGGCAUGAUGAACCUCCUGCGCUCCUACACGCCCAAUGACCUGGCUUCUCUGUAUCACAGCACACCAACCAAUCCCUGUCAUGGAGGGCUGGCCAACCCAAGAGCAGGGGGCAGAACUGUGCUGUACCAACACUUACCAAGUCUGCCCAACCUGCAGAGGAGAGACCCCUCAGGCCUUUUCCCUAACCAACGCUAUGGGACCACUGACAAAAGUACCUAAUGUUGCACCAAGAUUUGAACUGUGCAGCUACCUUAUUUUGGACAACGUCUUGAAAAUUCAGUUUAAUUGUACAGAUGGUUCGUGCUCAAAAGAUGUCUAAUCUCCGCCUAAUUUAAUAGCAUUUCAUUAGAUGGAAGUUUAUUUGCAUUUCAGAGACCUUUUGGUGAACAUUUGUUUUUCUUGUUUGAAUGGAAAAGUGCAGAUCACCUCUCUCUGAAGAUAUUCCACUGGUGUGCACUCUUUUCCACUUAAAACUGUCAAUUCAUGUUUGACCCACACUAACCUUCAGAUAUCUGUAAAUGUCUAUGACAUAACAGUAAAAUGUGUAUGUGGGAUUACAAAAAUAUAUAUCUGUAAGCUUUCAGUACAUAAAAAAUUGUAUUAAGCAAAAACAUAAGAAAUCUAAUUUGUGUGAGAAAUUGCUGCUCUGGUCAAUUAACUGCUGACGUCCAGGCCGUAAUUAAGCACUAUUCUUUUUUUUAUUUUUUUUUAUUUUCCAAGGCACUGAAGGGUGUGGGUGUUUUUGUCUGUGAAUGUCUUGAUGGCUUCGGCCCAGUGGUUUACAAACAGGCCACAGUUACCAGUCCUGUGUAUUUCUGAAUUGGUCUACCUCAUUUUGUGCUCUAGACUGUUGUGUUUAUUUAAAGCUGCUGCAGCUAUCGUGUCAGCUGAGUCUCUACUCCUAGCCGUCUAUCAACUACAGACAGAUGUGUUGAGUUAGAGUAUAACUAGAUGGACAUGUGUUUGGUCAGGCACCACAUGAAGCUCAUCUGGUGACAGAACUGCUGAGGCCAUAUCGACCCCAUGGCGCAUGAUUGACUGUAACACAAUAUGAGUUGUGGAUUUCUUUGAUACACUUUGUAUUCACAAGCCGAGUUUUAAACACAGAACAGAUUUUGUGGUUAUUUUUUGUCCUUGAGUCGAUCAUCUGCUUAGUGGUGCCUCCAUAUGCUGGAAAAUGUACCAAAUUUCAGAGUUCUAUUUGUGUAUUAAAAGGUUAUGCUGGAUUAUUUGGACUACGCAUUUAAUCACUAUUCAGGAGUUUGUUUAUAUUAUGCAGAGUCUUGAAAGUGUUGUUGUGUUUCAGGCGUCGGCAGUCAGUCCCAGCUAGUCAUCAAGCAACCAUUUAAAUGUGGUAUGACUGUGUGGUUAGAAAAAAGUACAAAAGCAGCUAUGUUAAUAAUGGCUCGAUUGAUUAAUUACACACUGUGAACAAGAAGUCUCAGGUUAACUCAUCUGUUGUGUAAUUGUGUAUUUUUGCCACAUUGAAAAAGGCUUGGGUUAAGUUAUUUCUUUUGUUGUUGUUUGAUAUUCACAUUAACGUUUACUUGUGUAAAAAUGAAAAUAUUGUUUGAGAUCUGUAUGACACAUUUCAAUAAUAAAGUGAGAGCGAAAAGUUCUUUGGCA